UUCUGUACGGUGAUCUCGCUUUAGUCUUUGUUUCUCAGACCCGCCCGCGCCGCUUUGUUCCGCUCCCGCUAGUCUCCCCGUGCGAGCAACGCGCGCUCCCGCCAACCAGUCCCUGCCGUGUGUGUGUGUUGCUGUCAGGGUGUACAGCCGUCGUUUCUUCGGGCCUCAGUGUGCGAGGUGUGCUCUCCCCGCCUCCCUCCUCACGUGUCCCGGCGGCGGUGGUGCAGGAGAGGCAGGGAAGGGAUCUCCUCACAUGACCCGUGUGUUUGUCCCCGUGAUCAACUCCGCCGGGCCUGCCUCCUCCUCCUCCCUGGGCCUCACAGCCUGACCCGGGGGACACGGGCUGCGGCCUGCCCGCCGCCUCCCUGGCCGAGCUCCGACACAUGGACAUGCUGGACCAGGGCCUCGAUUCGGCUGCUAGUCACGACAAAGGACAGGAUACCGAAGAGGCAGUAGAGAUACAUGAAGGAGAUGAGACAAGUGCUGAUGAACAGACUGCUGUAGCCAUUGCCACUGUCCAACAAGCGGCGUUUUCAGACCACAAUAUCCAGUAUCAGUUCCGCACAGAGAACAAUGGAGGACAGGUGACAUACAGAGUUGUCCAGGUGACAGAUGGUCAGCUGGACGGACAGGGGGAUGGUGCUGGAGCAGUCAGUGUGGUUUCUACUGCAGCCUUUAGUGGCACUCAGCAAGCUGUAGCACAGGCAGUCAUCCAGAACCCUUUCAGUAAUGGUGGAAGUCCUUCUGCAGAAACGGUCAGCGGAGAGACACGGUUUGCUUAUUUUCCAGCUUCCUCUGUCGGGGAUACAACAGCAGUAUCAGUACAGACAACGGAUCAGUCGUUGGCACAAGCAGGAGGGCAAUUCUACGUUAUGAUGACACCUCAAGAUGUGCUUCCUGCUGGAUCUCAGAGAACUAUUGCUCCACGCACUCACCCUUACUCUCCUAAAAUGGAUGGAAACAGAACCCCUCGGGAUGAAAGACGCAGAGCACAGCACAAUGAAGUGGAGAGGAGGCGAAGAGACAAGAUUAACAACUGGAUUGUCCAACUGUCCAAAAUCAUUCCAGACUGUAACGCAGAGAGCAGUAAAUCCGGAGCAGUAAGUUCACAAAGUAAAGGGGGCAUUCUGUCUAAAGCUUGUGACUACAUUCGUGAGCUUCGCCAGACAAACCAGCGUAUGCAAGAAACCUACAAGGAGACAGAAAGAUUACAGAUGGACAAUGAGCUGUUAAGACAACAGUUAGAAGAUCAGAAGAAUGAAAAUACCCUCCUCAGAGCACAGUUGCAGCAACAUGGCAUUGAGCUGGUAGAAGAAACCCACAGGCAGUAACUUAAGACCCUUGUACCUUCGAAGUGAGGCCAAUGACGAUGGAAAAGAUACGACACAAUGGAUUUUUUAUUUCAACACCCUUCUGUCUACACCAUGUUUCCUUAUUGCCGAAAUCACCUGUCACCACCCUGCACUUAUCCUAACUGUAAUGCCUCAAUUUUUAUUGUGUCAAAUGAUCUUCACUGAACCUUUUAAAGGAUCCUGGAUUGCAAGACACACAAAAAAAAAUAAAAAAAUAGAGGGGGACAGCAAUGGAUCUUCCUAACUGGAGUGGAUUCUUCAUACCUCUCCCAGGGUUAUUUCACCUUGGUGAAUAUGAGCCUUUACUGCCAGAAAGGUCUGCGUGGAGCUAAGGCAACAUGUCGCUAAGCAGCGGGGGGGCUAAAGCGUUUCAUUGUUCUCCUUUUUUUUAUAUAUAUAAUAUAAAUAUAUAAAUAUGAACAUACCUUAGACUUUUAGUAAUGGUAAAUAUGUAACAUUUUAUUUUUAUUUUUUUUCAUUUCGCUUUUUAAAACAUUUUAAAUCCCUGCAAUGAGUCUGGAUGGAUAACUGUAUGAGAAUUCCAGGUUUGCUCUUCUAUGCCAAGUUCAUUUUGAGAAAAAGUUGUGUUUGAUCAAAACCAUUAGCUCUGCAGCAUAGAAGGGAGCAUGUAGUUGUAGAUAAUCUCUAGCCUGUGUACGCAAUAAUAAAUGGCAAAGGAUUAAAGUGGUAUUCUAACCAAUGGGUCGCAUGGCCUUUAAUUCCUUUAAAGCCAAAGAAUGCAAAUGAAUUUUCAUGUGGCAAAAAACACAAGCUUUCUGCUGAUAUGGCUGGUCAUUUUAUGUAAUGCAUUUCUCUUUAGAGGCAAACAGUUGAUAGGAGCUAUGUAUCAAGCAUUAUCUGUGUAAGUUAGACUAAUUGUCUAUGCAUCAAGGUGCUUUAUUCUGUUUUUUUUUUAUUUUUACUGAUAGGGAUUAUAUAGAGCAAUAUUUAUUAGGGCAUGGAAUUAUACAUUUAACGAUCUGUCUAUCUAUGCACUUUGUGGUGUUCCCAUAACCAUUAUUGUUAGAUCACCAGUUACGUACUGGUGUUGACCAUAAUUGCCUGUGCAAAUGUUUCACUCACAAACUUAUGUAUUACUGUUAGUGUAGCAGCUUUAUAGUGCUGCUUGAUUCAUAGCUCCUGAUUAUUGCAGAAUAAUUCCAUAAACUGAUGAGGUAAUGUUCUUCCUAUAAAAGUUUAUUUGCUUUUGGCACAUCAGAGCACCAAGACUAUAAUCAUUUCUGCAUGUAGGUUUUAAUGGCGCUUUACAGCGUUAACUUGUGUUGUUACUUUAUUCUCCCUUCUCACACUGCAAGCUAAUGGUCUGCAGAUUGCUGUGAUUCCAAUUGCGAUGCAUUCUCUGCUUGAUCAGCCUUUAGGUUAAAAAGGUUGUGAACAAAUAGCAGGCAUUCAGUGUCAAAACGCACCUUCAAAUGUACUUUUACAUGUCUGCUCUGCUGAAAUUGGAACUGAAAACCCGCCUGGUAUUAAAAGCGUUUAUACUCACCUCAGCAAGGAGGCAACUUACCAGUAUCUCUGCCUAUCGACGUCUUUAACAAGCAGCAAUUUACACAUUUGAAGUACUUGGAAUUUUGAUCUCAAACAAUUUAUUAUUAUUAUCAUCAUUCAUUUGUAUAGAGCCAGAAAAUUCCGUAUAUCGCUUUUGUGUAAUUUAUAAAAAAAAAGAAGAAAAAAAUAUCAUUGUGCAGUUGGGAAAAAAAAUGCUUGACACAAUUUGUCUUGGUUUUUGUACGUUUUAAGCUCAUUUAACAUGAAUUUAGUAAUAUCACCAGUACAACUGUCACCUUUUGAAAUGAUCUUCAUAGUAUGACCGUCAAACAUUUUGUUUCUUAUGGUUUAACCCUUGUAUACCCCAAAGUUAUAUACUGCAGCACUCUAAUAUUUAGCCACCAAAAGACAUUCACAUAAGAAUUUUAAAGGAAACAAAAUACAUUUAUAUAUUAAUCAAAUCUUAAAGGGACAGUAAAGUCAAAAUUAAACUUAUAUUGAUUGGCCAGAUCAUGACUUUCUAACCAACUUUCCAUGUAGUUCUAGUAUUACUUUGUCUUAGUUCUCUUGGUAUCCUUUCUUAAAGAGUAAUCCUAUGUGAUCUCAGGAGUGUGCAUGUGUCUUACGCAUUUUUGCAGCAGUUUUUGCAACAUUUGUUUAUAGUAAUGUUAUUCGUAGUUAAAACCACGGCUGCUAUAGACGUGCACAUUCCUGAGCUGUUAUCAUCCUACCUAGAUUUACUCUUCAACAAAAGGAUAUCAGGAGAACAAAACACAUUUGCUAUUAGAAGUAAAUUAGAAAGUUGUUUAAAAUAACACGUUCUACCUGAUAAAUGAAAAUUUUAAUUUUGACUUUUCUGUCCCUUUAAAGGGACAUUGUACUAAAAAAUAUCCUUUUAUAUGAAAGGGCAGCAUUUAAACAUAUUUCUUUUUUCUGGUAAACAAUGUGAUUUAAAACUGUUUACAUUUCUAAUUGGCUAAAAGACAUACAUUGGUAGGUAUUACACAAAUAACAAAAAAAAAAGAAAUCAUAUGCACAAUAUAACUAUUUAAGUGCAAUGCCCCUUUAAAUUUAUUUGAUACAACUAUAAUUUAACUUGCUCCAUUACCUGGUUUUGCUAUCACUUCUCCUUCAUGUGACCUUACUCUUGUAGGCCAGGUGUGGGCACAUGCACAAGCUCAAAAUUCAUUUGACAGCAUUGCUGGCACACUGCAUGAGUGUCAUGUUUUAUACAUGUGGCCUGCUGGCCUAUGCUUGGUGUGUCAUGUUUAUGAGAGAACUUAACACAAAACCUGUGAGAACUUUUCUAGGAAGCCAUUUGCAAUUGUGUAUAUUCAUGUUUUAGGACCCUUUAAGACAAUUGUGCCUUAGAAGAACUUAUUCAUUUUUGGCCUGUUUACAACUAAGUCCACUUUCAGACUUGUCUCUAAGUCGAUCCAGGCAGUUAAUUUUUUUCCCUGUUAAAUUGCCCCCUUUAUUCCAUUGUAAUCUUCUUAGGUUUCCGCCCUUGCUAAACCUGCAUUCUUGUGAGGGAUACUUGAAAGCCAUUUAGGAAGACCAGGAGUACUAGAGAGAGCUAUGUAUUAUAAGACCAUUGUUACAUUUGCAAUAUAACACAGUAGCCACAGUAUAAGAGACAUAUAAGAAAUAAGCAAUAUUGCAAAGUGGUCAUAUAGAAAGUGGGUCACUGUUUUAAUGGAAGCAUUUCAAUUAAAAGUGGGACUGAUCUUCAGUUGAUUAUACCAUAAUAUUGACUUGUAAACUGGGAUUUUGCUAUUUAAUAAAUAGUUGAAAUAACUAA